GUGCGAUGCUUGGAAGCUUGUGUUGGAUGCAACUCCCCGAGCUAGCUGGCCAGUCAGUAACUUAGUUAAGUAGCGAGUCGACUUGGGCAUCAGCUUGCUCUGCUCGCGUAUGGGCCUUCCUCUGGCGUCGUGGUCACUCUACCGCUCCCCCAUCCCGAAGCACGAGCAUCAUGGACAAUGACGAGUUACGCAGGCAGCUUGGCCAGCUGUUCAUCGUCGGCUUCCGGUCGCUGAUCGCCACAGACGAGGUCAAAUCGCUCAUCCAGGCCCCAUACUACUGCGGCACCAUCAUUCUCUUCCAGCGGAACAUUGAGAGUGCGGAACAACUGAUUGCCCUCAUAAAUGACCUUCAGCAGACGGCAAGGGAUGCUGGCCACACCCGCCCACUUUUCAUUGCUGUCGACCAGGAAAACGGCCUUGUCACCCGGAUUAAGCCUCCCAUUGCCACCCAGCUGCCCGGUGCUAUGGCAGUUGGCGCCACCGGUGACAUAGACGAUGCCAUCCGCGUCUCCACUGCCACAGGUGAAAUACUGGAUGCUCUAGGCAUCAACAUGAAUUAUGCUCCGCUGUGCGACGUCAACUCAGAGCCGGCCAACCCCGUCAUCGGUGUCCGAUCUCCGGGCGAUGACGGGACCUUCGUCGGCAGAAUCACGAGCAAUAUUGCCAAAGGACUGAGGAAGAACAGCAUCGUACCCUGUGCAAAGCACUUCCCAGGACACGGAAGCACAAAAGUUGAUUCCCACUACGGUGUUCCUGUCGUUAGGAAACCCAAAGAGGAUCUUGAAGCAUGUGAACUCCUUCCGUUUCGCAGAGCAGUCGCUGAGGGGAUCGAGGCCAUAAUGACCUCCCACGUUGUUAUGUCAGCCUUCGAUGACGCUGGAUUGCCAUCCUCCGUCAGCAAAGAUGUUGUAAAUUUCCUGCGUCGAGGCCUACAGCAUGAAGGUCUCAUCAUCACUGACUGUCUUGAAAUGGAUGCUAUACGCGUGCAGAUCGGGACCGAAAAGGGGGCCGUCCGGGCCUUAGCUGCGGGUGUCGAUUGCGCGAUGAUAUGUCACACUUAUGAUGUCCAAGUUCGAGCACUUGAAGAGGCAUUCAAUGCUUGCAAGAUUGGCACUAUUCCACUUCGUCAGAUCUCCCAGUCCGUUUCACGGGUUCACGCCUUGAAGGAUAAGUUCUUUGAUUGGGACUCAGUUUUUCGCCACCGCUCAGUUAACACCGUUACCCAACUAAACUUGAAGCACCAGGAACUGGCAAACGAUAUCUACGCCCGGAGCGUCACUGUUAUCAGGGAUGACCAGAAAGCGCUCCCUCUGUCCAGGGGAGGGUCCUUGGUCUACGUCUAUCCUUGUGGGAAAGCUCUCCGUGUGGGUGCUUCUGGAAGCGGCGAAACGGUCACCUGUGUUCCUUACACACCACCGGAAUUCUCACAAAUUUUGAAACUCUUUGUCCCGGAUCUGAUCGAAUGUCCCUUUUUUGAUGACGCAACUCUAGAUGAAAGCACAAAAUCCAAGAUCUCACAGGCCGACGCCGUGAUUUUGGCCUCGCGGAACUGCAGGUUGAAUCCAAGCCAAAGACUGAUAGGCACUCAGCUUGUGAAUCAUUCAAAAAAAUUAGUCAGCAUUGCUACAUGUGUUCCAUAUGAUUUCCUAAACUCAGGGAUUAAAACUUGUCUUGCCAUGUACGAACCGACCGUUGAGGCCUUCCAAGCGGCGGCCAAUGUCAUCUUCGGGGUUAAUGAGGGGGUAGGAAAGCUUCCUGUUUGUACAAAACGCCCGCCACUCCCCAUAGAUUCUUUUGAUCCGGAGCGUGACAUGAAACUGGCGAUAAACCUAUGGCAUAUGUUACUCCCCCACUAUGCUGUCCCUGCAGACCGUUUGCAUCAUCUUCUCGAUCGCCCAAACGGGAAACAUUUUACAAUUUACGUGGAAGACCAACUUGCAGGUUUUAUAGCUACCUAUGUUAAUGAAGAUAGACCCACGGCAUACAUUUCCGUUCUCCUUGUUCACCCGAAGUUUCGGUCGCGCGGGGUUGGAACAGCCUUGGUUGAGCAUGCUCGGCGUCAGUUGCGUGGAGCAGCUCGUUCCGUCACAAUAGGUUCGAGCUUCCCUAGAUUUUUCCUUGGCGUCCCCCUAGAUAUACCAGAAGAGGCCCAGAAUUUUUUUAUCCAUCGUGGUUUCGUUCCGACCAGAGGCCCCUCGUCGAGAGACUACACGGCGGACCUAAGGACCUAUCAACCCCCAGAAGGAGUUCUUCAGCGUGCCGCCGCGGCAGGCGUAACAUUCACUCCUUGGAGAAUAAAUCUGUAUCUUGAAUGUAUGGCUAACAUACGUGAGCUCUGGGGUGAUGAUGAAGUCUGGCUUGGUGCAUACGAGCGUCUGGCACGGCAGAACCGACACGAACAAGUCAUGGUGGCGAUGGAUCGUUCCGGAAAACAAAUAGGGUGGACUCUGAUGCAAGAACUAGGUCUAGGUAUGACCAACGAUCUUGCCUUUAUGCCGUUACUAGGCCAGAAAACCGGCCAGAUUGGCUGUCUGGGUAUUCAUCCCGAUGCGAGGAAUAAAGGUGUGGGUCUAGCCUUGGUUGUGAGCGCUGCAAUGGAUAUGAAGGGGCGAGGCUUAGAGAAGGUAUUUGUUGAUUGGACGAAUCAUGUCAAUUUUUAUGAAAAAGCGGGAUUUGAGGUGUGGAGGGAGUAUCGAUCAAUGACUCUGAAAGAGUCCGUGUAGUCAAUAUACUUAUCAUACACGGGCAACUGUCGCUUUGACAGGGUUUCCUGAGUCCAAUUUCGAAGACUAUAUAGGCUUCGUCUAUUUAAACCCGAAUCUCGAGAGCAGUGUCCAGGGGCUACAACGUUUGCCUAGCGGCGUAAAAGUGCUGUUUGAAGCUGAUUAUCGGCUCCCAAUUAACGAAGGAUGGCUCGUUACUGAGGUGCGAAACCCCCCUGGAUCACUUGCCAUUCCCCGACUCUAAAUCCGGUUCUUCAAAUGGGGUUGCUCCCAUAUUCCUCCACGCCCCUUCAGCCAUAAGCGCGAUGUCCUUUUCCUUCGCGUGGAAUAACAACUCGGCCGUCGAUCUUUGCUCGAAGUGCGUGAUAGAUUUGUUCUAAAGCGGGUACCAGGUUAACUUUAUCACCCCAUCUGCCCAAUGGGGUUUGUAUUCAAACCGUGGCUGUUUGCCAGUGGCUGCCAGAACGACAUUAUCGGCCGCGACAGUGGCCUGGUGCAUUGCAGAACGGGCAUUGGGCUUGUCUCCGCGCGUCGAAGCGACGUCUCCGCAUGCGUAUAUAUUAGGCAGGUUCUGGUCUGAUACCUGCAUUGUUGGUUUAACUCUGAUGUGUCCCGAUUGCUCGAUGAUUCCCGGGCUCAGGUGGGCGAUUAAGCCCGAUACCGGCUUUUGACCAGUGCAGUUCACCUAUCCCAGAGGUUCAGUAAGUUAGGUCUGACAGCUUUAGAACCGAGGGGAACCUG